AAAAAAGUUAAAAAUGAAUUAAUUAACAUGAGGUUUCAGUCAUACAUUUUCUGGGGGUUUUAUUUAAUGGUGGCCAAAAAUGAGAACUUUUAUUGUCAACUUUUUAUAACACUGCCAAAUAGAGGGAAAUUUGGUAACCACAUGUUUGGUAAUCACAAAAUAUUGUGUUCAAACAUAUGUCAAGUUUGUAACCUCCUAUCCAAAGUGGCUUUGUUUAAGUAAAUGUGGGUUUACCUGUUACAAAUAGCAUGGAUGAGGUGAUGAUUUAAUUUUAUCUAUCACUGAUAGUUUCACCAGCUUUACCUCAUUCUGAGCUGUCUGUAAAAGUAACUAUAUUUGAUGAAACGUGUUUAAAAUCUGAGGCAAAAAUCAAAAAGUACAUUUUAAGAAAAAACAAAAAUAAAAUAAAACUAGAGAAACAAAUUGUGGUCUUGCAUACAGAAAGAUUAUAAUUAAAAAUGCUCCACAUGUUGUAAUUUAAUUGAGAAGGUAUUUCGUUUUGUCAUCCCGACCUCAAACUCCUGCCCCCUUCAUUUAUUGUGUCUGUCUGUCUUCCGUCCUCAGUCUAUUUUGCGGCACCACAGAGACGGAGAGACAGAGACAGAGGAUGAAUGUCCUGACCAUGAAGGUCUUUGUCCACUUUGAGAACUAUCGUGAAACUUUUGACAUUCCUUCAGAUCUGACUGUGAGGGGCAUGAAGCAGAAAGUGAAGGUAUUAGUGUCAGAAAAUUUUCUUGUGCAACUUUCCGAUGACAAGCAGAUCCACUGCUAUCUGGAGCUGAAACACGGUGGUGCUGCACUGCAGGACUGCUGGUUUCUGCGUGACGUGGGCAUCAUUAGUGGCAGUACCAUUGAAUGCCUGAUUAAGAGUAAACGGAGGCCUGACCUUCAUGUGUUCAGUGCUGUGACAGGAGAAACCUUACCCAUCACACUGACUGAGAGUCUUCCGCACAUGACUGUGGCUCAGUUAAAAACAACAGUGUCCUCACAGAGCGGCCUCCCUGUCAGCAGCUUCAGACUGAGCACACUCAGUCAAGUGCAACUCUACGACUGCAACAGGCUGCACGACUAUGCCAUCGAUGCGGGCAAUACAAUCCGUUUGGACCCAUGGGAAGGGUGGCUGACCUUCCUCCACGGUUGCCUUCUGGGUCACAGGUUGGCAGUUCAGGGUCAUCUAUCAGAGGAGAAGUUAGUGAUGAGGUUUCAGUUGCGUGUUGCGCUGUACAUAGCCGCCUCGCUAGGCCACCUGGACCUGGCAGGCUGGCUGCUGGAGAGAGGAGUACAUGCUGAGGAACCAGUGGGAGUCCAUCCAUACCGCCAAUGGUGCCAUCAAACCUCGCAUCGGGAUUCUGGAAAGUGUCCCAUCCAUGUUGCUGUGGAGAACUGUCAGCUACACAUCCUCAAACUCUUCAUCACCAAGAACCUUUUGGCUUUGGUUUGUCAAGACCCCGAUGGUCGUGAGCCUUUGAAAAUUGCCAUUCAGCACGGUCACAGAGAGUGUGUGCGUUACUUGGCCAAUAAACUGUUCUCUGCCGUGUCCCUGUCAAAUGUAUCUCUGCCCAUGCGUAUGUACCUCCAGGUGAAGCGGUGGGUCAGAGCGGGGCAGAAAAGAACAGCCUCAAAUCAGUUUAACUACAGCAGUGUUCCACGCAGAGCCAAGGUGGGAGGAAUGUUGCUGGUAGAUGGAUUUAACCAGCCACAGGCAUCCUCAAAAGUUAGAAAAACCAAGUCUGAAGCAAAAAGAAAAAUCACGACUAAAGCUGUGCAGUCUUUACUGCCCAUAAACAACCUAUUGUCACCAUCAAAAUCCAAACAAGAACAACACCAGAGUCAAACCAGGUGGAAGGAGAAUGAUAAGGGGAACACAGUUCCACUCCUGCCAGUCACCACAGAUAAAACUCUAACUGCAACGUUUGUUGGUUGCUCUACAAAUAAUAAUCUGACAACAUCAGCUGAGUUCUUCUCUCAGCACUGCUGUCGAACACCAAGGGAAAAUGCCAUGUACUACCUGAAGAUUGCCAGGUCUGUAUAUAUUUCCAAUUACUUCAUUAUCAUUAUUUUAUAUUAA